AUGGCACAAACAAUGGUUGCUCCAACUGCCUACACUUCAAUGCUUCCUUCGUUCAUGCACCACCACUAUCAGCAAAAACGGCUGAACAGCUCCGGCUCAAAUUCGAAACAUAUUCCGCUAAGUGAUAACACCAUUGCAAUAUUCGUGCUGCUUCAGAUAGUGAGUACCUGCUCCGCUCUUACCUGCAUGACGUGUGCAACCAGCAGUAGCACUCAUCAAAAUGCUAUUCAACUUGAUAAAUUCCGCAUCAUCGCACAACUACCAUAUCCAGGGUGUCCCAUGGAACCAAUACGAUGUGACCGGGAUCAAGAUGUCUGCGUAACGAUAACGAUGAACAUUAGAGGUGAUGGCCUUUACUGGAUUGGUGCUGGAUGUGAUCGACAAGAGUAUUUCCAACACAUUGCAUGUGAAAAUGUUCGAACUUUGACACGUAACGUUCAACUAGGCAUGGCACAGGAAUUACGUGUAUUGCAACGCGUGUGUGUGUGCACUUUCGACAAAUGUAAUACAGCGAUAAGGACAUACUUACUACGAAUUGAUAAACCAUUACACAUUAAGAUUCUAAUAUGUUUACUUGCCAUUUUUUAUAUUCACAACAAUAUUACUUGAACAGCAUCAACUUUACUUCCGGCCUUCGACUAUUACGAUAACGAAUUUCUGGCACUAUUCCUUAUAAAGAGUGUCCUCGACUGACUUUUCUAUUCGAA